AUGACUUCCUGGCUUGGGGACACCUUUGGCCCUGACCCACUCAUGGUGCUCCUGGUUGUCAUCCUCCUGGUGCGCUUCAUCCUGUGGUCCUGUCUGGGGACCUAUAUGGACUACAGGCUGGCCCGGCGUUAUCCUGGCAAACCCAAAGAAGAGUAA